ACGUACGAGCUUGUGGCUUCACCGUACAGCUCCUUACGUUUUAAUCAAGACUCAAGACCCAACAAGAGAGCAUUACAGGAAAAUUACCUCAAGAUUUUCGCCAUGGCCUUUUUUGUACGCCUCAUAGCACUGAUGGCACUUAUUUUCAUCAUAACAAAAGCAGCUGAAAUCAGAACGAGCGCUAAUGUAACAACAGCCCCUCCCGUGUUGACGGCUGAACAUAUCAAAGUCAUACUUGAUAGCCACAAUGAAGCCAGGAGACUGGAAAACGCUAAAGUCAUGCCCGACUUGGUAUGGAAUGCUGAGUUAGCGAUGAAAGCUCAGAAUUGGACGGAUGCCUGUAAGUUCGCACACCAGCCGCCACGCACCAGAAGAUGGGGUGAAAACAUUGCAGCUGUUGGCAACACCAGGCCGAUACCCAAUCAGCUGAUUGAUAUGAUAAAUGAGUGGAUAGCUGAGAAAAAAUUUAACGUUGGCGGCACUUUCGAGGAAUGUUGCAGCUUUAAGUCAAGUGACUGCUGUCACUACACGCAGGCCGUGUGGGCCAACACUCGGCAAGUUGGAUGUGGGUAUACAGCUUGUGAGAAUCUUGCCUAUGGGAGCGGCACAUUGACAAAUAUUGCAUUUCUCGCAUGCUACUACACACCCUCAGGAAACAGCCCGAUAGUCACUUACGAUUGGAGGCCUUAUAUCCCGGCUGAGGUCAAGGUCACUCCAUAGUCAGUCAUGUGGUCUAAUAUUAUCUGUCUGCCUACUGAAAUUUGGUGAUGUUUGUCUGCUGAAGUUUGGCGAUGUCUGCCUACUGAAGUUUGGCGAUGUCUGUCUACUGAAGUUUGGCGAUGUCCGUCUACUGAAGUUUGGCGAUGUCCGUCUACUGAAGUUUGGCGAUGUCUGUCUACUGAAGUUUGGUGAUGUCUGUCUACUGAAGUUUGGCGAUGUCUGCCUACUGAAGUUUGGCGAUGUCUGUCUACUGAAGUUUGGCGAUGUCCGUCUACUGAAGUUUGGCGAUGUCUGCCUACUGCAGUUUGGCGAUUUCUGUCUACUGAAGUUUGGCGAUGUCUGCCUACUGAAACAUUCAUUGUUUUAUUAUGUAAAAAAGUCAACACGUGAAUAACCUUAAUUUUUUAUGUUGACUUCAUUGAAAAUUUAAUAACAUGCAUUAAAAUACGAUAUUUAUUGCCUAGAAGUGUUUUGU